AUGGGCAAACGAUCUCGUCAAUCUGGUCCUCCGACCGAUGCGCAGACUGAGCAGCUGCGGCAAAUGCAGCAGCAACUUGUCGGGGGUUGGAAGCCCUCUGUGCAGAUGUUGAUGACGAUCUCCCAGUUGAUCAAACUUGUGGAAGCAGAGCUGGGCCUGCAGUCCUCCAAGGGGGACGAUCGCCGGCUGGCUCAGAGGUUGGUUUCAGUGCGAAACUCUGGCCUCGCCAUCGAGUCUGCGGAUGGGUUGUCUGACAAGGACUACGAUACCUGCGUGCUGGCUGCUGAGAGGCACUUCCUGGGGGCUGGCUAUGGCAUCGAGGACUUCCGGGACGCCAUGACUCGUGUCGUUCGACCCCGACCAACGGGCGACAGGUCGGAGAAUGGCUCCCGGGCCGAAGGCGAGACGAAGGAAGCACCCUCGAGCUCAGGUGCCACAGGUGCGCAGACCGAGGGGCCAGCCUAG